AUAGAUUUGGCAACUUCUGAUUGGAUGAAAGUAAUAGACGUCAUAAACAAGAUGGCUGCGCCCAUGGUUGAGAAGUAAAAAAGUAUUUUCAUUGAAUUUUAAUGAUCUCAUUCAUAUGUUGAGCUGAAUAUAAUGGCGUUAUUUACAGUGAAUAGAUAUUUAGGGGAAUCGCCAUUGGAGUUGGGUCAGAGUUCAAAGUCAAGCAUUCUUGAUAAGAUCAAUGCCAAGGCUAAGGAAAGAGAGGAGCAAAGAAAACAGACGCCUUGUAAGGAAACCUCUCCCACUAAGAGGUUAAAGGUCAAAGGUCAAACACAAAGGAGAACAGAGAAAGAUGAACCAACCCCUAGCGCAGAUUCUGGUUUACAAAGGAAGAAAAAGAGGAGAUCUUUGAUAGAAAAGGAUUGUGGGAGGAAUGGACAAGGUGAGGGAGAGGUAUCGACAGGGGAUGUGGGACAGGAAAGUGAAAGGCAUGAUGGGAAGGAUGGUGUCAUUUCCAUGGAGAUUACAAACAAUGCAAUGGUUAUCCCAAAGGAGACAUUCCUCCAUGAUGGAAAGGCUUCAGAGAAAACAAAAAAGAAGAAAGUUAAAAGGAAACAUGAUGCUGAGAACAAAAAAGAAGAGGAGGAGGACAUGAAAGAAACAUCAGAGAAUGCAAGACUUACAGAUGAAGGAAAAGAAGAAGAUGGUGAAUUACAGGCUUCUUCUCCAUCACAUAUUAAGAGAAAGAAAGAAACUUUCAAAUCCUUGAAAAAGAAAAAGAGGCUAAGGGAAAUCAAAAAGAAAGAUGAAAAUCAAACUUCUGAUGAAGAUGAAGAGAACAAACAAAUGGAAGUUGUUACAAAGGAUGAUGAAGAAGAAGAUGUAGAUGAUGAUGGAAGUAUGAUCGAAGGAGAGAUAGAGGAACAUCAUGAUUUUGUAGUACUCGGUGACUUUGAAAGGAAACACAAGAAAAAGGUUUAUGAGGCUCUACCUGAUUGGUUGGCUAGACCUUCUGUUAUCAAACAAAGUCUGACAAAUGAUUUACAAUCAGUCACUUCAGUCAAAGGUCUGGAUGAGAGACUAGUCACAGCAUUGACAGAGAUGGGAGUGGAUAAUCUCUUUCCAGUUCAGCAGCAUAUAAUUCCUAUACUACUAAAGUCUCUUCAGUACGGCAUACAUACCGGUCAUGCUGGUUAUAGACCUAGUGAUCUCUGUAUAUCAGCCCCUACUGGUAGCGGUAAGACGCUUGCAUAUGCUAUACCUAUAAUACAGGCUCUGAUUGAUAGAGUAGUUUGUCAAGUGCGAGCUCUCAUCGUUCUCCCGACACGUGACCUUGCGACCCAGGUUUAUAAGAUUGUCAGCUCGCUCUGCAAGGCCACGCCCCUUAGACCUGUUCUGAUUGGAGGAAUCAAGAAAUUCUCUCAGGAACAGAGUGGACUUGUAAAAGAGAUUGAUGGAGAAUUUCACUCCCUUGCUGAUAUCGUCAUAGCAACGCCCGGAAGACUUGUUGAUAAUCUCUGUAAGACUGUUGGAUUCAAUCUUCAUCAUCUUCGCUUUCUGGUGAUUGAUGAAGCAGAUCGGUUGAUGGAACAUAUCUCACAAGAUUGGAUUGCUCAAGUUGAAAAAUCAGCUUACACCCCUCAGUCUGAUGAUGGAAUAACCCCACCAUCAUUCACUUCAAUUAGACAACGGCCUGGUCCAUUGACAGUCAGGAGGUCAUCAGCACAUCAACUACCGCUUCAAAAGCUGCUUUUCUCAGCUACUCUCUCUCAGAACCCUGAGAAAUUAACCCAGCUAAGAUUAUUCCAACCUCAUCUUAUCACCACGGCAACCAGUAGUAAGGCCCCACCCACAUCAGGAUGGAAUCUGGAUAGAGAGAAGGAUAGAUUAGAUGAGGAAGGAGAGGAAAUAGAUGAAGGAAGAACUGAUUUUGUUGGAAAGUAUACAACUCCUGUUGGUUUAUCGGAAUAUUAUGUCCAGUGUACAGCGGGUGAGAAGCCAUUGGUUCUGAAGCAUUUCCUCAUCAAUCUUUACUUCAAGCAAGUACUCUGCUUCACAAAUAGUGUUCAGACUACUCAUAGGUUAUAUCUUCUCUUGAAGUUGAUGGGUGGUGUUGAUGUAGCAGAAUUCUCAUCUAAUCUCAGUCAAGCUCAAAGACAAAACAUCCUCAAACAAUUCAAAGCUGGUAAAAUACAGAUCCUGAUCUGUUCUGAUGCCAUGGCUCGAGGAAUGGACAUUGAGAAUGUUCGAUGUGUUAUCUCAUACGAUCUACCACCUCACCUUAAGACAUAUAUACACAGGGUUGGACGAACAGCCAGGGCUGGACGAGGGGGCACUGCCUUCUCAUUUGUCAGGAAAAAGGAAGUCAACAAAUUCAAGCAUAUGCUGAGGAAUGCUGGGAAGGAUGGCAUCCAACGACACACAGUUUCAUCCAAUCAGCUUGAAGCUCUCACACCAUCUUACAGUGAAGCACUUUCCAAGCUAUCCACCCUACUCAGAGUAUGUAUAAGUAAUCAUCUAUUUUUUUUUAAAUUCUAG